AAAAUACUAAGAUUAGGUAAUGCUACUGCUAGUUGAAAAAUGAAAAGUGAAAAAAGAUCUUGUUUGUGUCGGAUUCCACUUCAUUCCUGAAGCUGAAAGUGAGAGUUCUCGAAAUUCAUUUGAUAGAUACCAACACAGAUUUGUGAGUGCUUUAGCUUUUGAGUGUUUGAGGGAUGGCGCAGACCGGCAAAGUUCGCUGCCAGAGGAUUGGUUGUGACGCCAUCUUCUCCGACGACGAUAACCCUGACGGUUCCUGUCGAUAUCAUGAUUCUGGACCAAUCUUUCAUGAUGGGAUGAAAGAAUGGAGCUGUUGCAAGAAAAGAAGUCAUGAUUUCAGCCUGUUUUUGGAAAUUCCAGGAUGUAAGACCGGAAAACAUACAUCCGAAAAGCAAGUGAUUGCACCGGUUAAGAAGGCUACUGUGGCUGCUCCAACUGCAGCUCCUUCAACCAAUGCAUCGGCAAAGGACUCUUGUUCUAGGUGUCGGCAGGGAUUCUUUUGCUCAGAUCAUGGUUCACAAGUCAAACCUGUAAAUACUGUUGGAGACAACCCUGGAAGUGUUGCCGGACAUGUCUGCGCUGAGACCAAUUCAAGUGUUCAGGAUCCAAAGGAUCCUAAGAAGAUAGUCGAUAUAAACGAGCCCCAAGCGUGUAAAAAUAAAGGGUGCGGCCAAACUUUCAAGGAGAAGGAUAAUCAUGAGACUGCUUGCAGCUACCAUCCUGGCCCCGCGGUGUUUCACGACCGGAUGAGAGGGUGGAAGUGCUGUGACAUUCACGUGAAAGAAUUUGAUGAGUUUAUGAGUAUUCCUCCAUGCACAAAGGGAUGGCAUAAUGCUGACCCUGAUCAAUGAAGACUCCAACCACCCACAAUAUUGGGUUUUUAUCAGUCUCAUUCAAUUUUCUUUACAAGCUGUGAUUGAAAUUUGAAACAAUCAAUCUUCCCCCCAAAAAAAAAGAUCCCCUUACUCCCCUCUCAAGUAGUGAACCUUGGUGGUUUCAGUUUGUAAGAAGCCACAACAUAAGACUCAGAUAACUGUAACGUUUAGAUAUGGAUUUGUUGUCAAUUGUUCCUUGAAUGUCACAAUGUUCUUCUGCAUUUCUAUUUUGGACCUAUCUAAUAUUGAAAUACUUUGAACUUUGAUUUUCUUGUGA